UUAAGAAGUGUAGUAGCCCAUCUGAGCCGCAGGGUAGAAUUAUCCCAAAAAAUUCACAAUCGCCAGAUAUUCUGAUUCUGAUUUCUGAUACUCUGAUAUUCUGAUAUUCUUAUUCAAAAGCAGAUAAACCAACAGAUACUCACAGUUCUCUCGCAAUGCCAUCAACCCCACUCACCCUCACCCUCCCCCAAUUCCCCUCCUCCCCGCUCCACCUCUCGCUCUACACAAACGUCACAAACGCUCCCACAAUCCGAUCCCAGCUCCUCUCCGGCAACACAGCCUACUCCUACGCCUUCCUCGACCCAUCCACAAUCCUCUCAAUCUCCCACGUGCUCGCCGCAGUCUACCGCGCGCUCACCGAGCGCGAGGCGGGCACCAUGCGCACCCGCACCGUCAACUCGGAAAUCGUCUUCUCGAUGGCGCCGUCGAUGAACAUCGGCGACGCGCUCAAGCGGUUCGGAGUUAAGGAUGAGAGUACGGCGCUGUUUGUCGUCAAGGUCGCGGACGAGGCGGAAGAUGUUGUGGGUGCGGAGGAGGUUGGGGUUGCGUUGGAGAGUAUAGUUGAGGGCGAAAGCGUGGCGCUUUGCGAUGAUGCGUUGCAGGCGUUGACUGAUAUCGAGGUUGUGAGGAAGAACUACAAGAUACCGCAAGGUGUGGUGUUGAACGACCGAAUCGCGGCCGCACAGAUCGUCACAGGCGCCAUCGCCUUACGGGGGUACUCAUAGAAAUCAGGGAAAUGUACGAUAGAGAGAUAAAAAUGCAUCAAAACUUUUGAUCUAACUCUAGUCUACAACAAUAAUAUACACCUCACAACCCCUCCUCACCCUCCCCCCUUC